AUGUUUGCCGCCGCUGGAACAAAGACCGACAUCCCGAUUCUCCAAAAAUUCCCUGCCGAUGUGCAGCUGGAGAAGUUCCGGGCCGACAACCCGGUAACCGCCACCCUUACCACCAGCGCCGGAGCCCCGAUCCAUGAGAAGAAAGCGGUGAUGACGGCCGGGCCGAGGGGCCCGAUGCUAAUGCAGGACUUUGUUUACCUCAACGAGAUGGCGCAUUUCGACCGCGAGAGGAUCCCCGAACGUGUCGUGCACGCGAACGGAGCCGGCGCCCACGGCUACCUGGAAAUCACGCACGACAUCACCCAGUACACCAAGGCCGACAUUUUCUCGGAGAUUGGCAAGAAAACGCCGGCUUUUGUGCGAUUUUCGACAGUUGGCGGCGACCAAGGAUCCGCCGACACGGCCCGAGACCCGCGUGGCUUUGCCAUGAAAUUCUACACGCAGGAGGGGAACUGGGAUCUGGUUGGCAACAACACACCGAUUUUCUUCAUGCGAGACCCGAUCUUCUUCCCGUCAUUUAUCCAUACCCAGAAGCGGAACCCGCAGACGCAUUUGAGGGACCCGAAUGCCAUGUUUGACUACUGGAGCCUGCGCCCCGAGUCGAUUCACCAGGUAAUGUUCCUAUUCGGCGACCGCGGAAUCCCGGACGGCUAUCGUCACAUGGAUGGCUAUGGAUCCCACACCUUCAAACUCGUCAACAAGGACAACCAGCCGAUCUACUGCAAGUUCCAUUUCAAGACCAAGCAAGGCAACAAGUUCCUGGAGGACAAGGAAGCUACAAAGCUCGCUGGAGAAGAUCCAGAUUAUGCUAUUCGAGAUCUCUUCAACUCGAUCGAGAAGGGCUUCUUCCCGGAGUGGACCAUGUAUAUUCAGAUCAUGCAAUACGCGCAAGCCGAAACCUGGGAGUUCAACCCUUUUGAUGUCACCAAGAUCUGGCCCCACAAGGAGUUCCCGCUGAUCCCCGUCGGAAAGUUGGUGCUCAACCGGAACCCGCAGAACUACUUCCAAGAGGUCGAACAGUCCGCUUUCUGUCCCGCCCACGUCGUGCCGGGGAUCGAGUUCUCGCCCGACCGGAUGCUACAGGGCCGCAUCUUCUCAUACCCGGACACCCAAUUCCACCGACUUGGCCCAAACUACCAGCAGCUCCCCAUCAAUUGUCCGAUUGUCCCGGUUAACAACUAUCAAUUCGAUGGUCUUGCAGCAAUCACACCGAAAGGUGGCUGCCCGAUGUACCACCCGAAUUCUUUCCACGGUCCAAAGGAGUUAACGACGAUGCACACCCGCGAGCACGUCUAUUCAGUGACUGGUGAUGCCGCGCGAUACGACGACGGAGACGAGCACAACUUCGAGCAGCCGCGCGAGUUCUGGAACAAGGUCCUCGACGAGCCGGCCCGUGAGCGUAUGGUCAAGAAUUUUGCCGGAGUGCUCGUCGCCUGCAACCCGGCCGUCGUCGAGCGCUUUAUUGGAGUUUGCGGACAGGUCCAUCCCGACUUUGGAGCAAAGCUUCAUCAAGCCGUCAUUGACCAGCAUGGCGAGGCGACCGACCCGAAAGCCCGAGGA